AUGGCACAUAACAAAAGCAUUAACCAAACCGUACACUUCAAUGUGUCUUGUCAUCUUCCUCUGUUUUAUUACGCUCAACUAUGUGCGUCUGCACCCCCAGAAGAAAGCUGCAGUAUAUGCAAAAGGGGUUACAACUCGGCAACGAGUGUCCCAACGCCUCGUCUACCGGGCGAAGGAACUCUUACCACAUCGUCAUCCGGUCCACCCCUACCUAGCGGUCUUCCACCCGAUUCUGGAAAUACAGGAAACCCUACAGGAACCGGACUUAUUCCAGUGGCCAGCAUUAUCGCUGUGGGCAUAUUGCUGGCUUUUGUUGCCUUGUAUGGUAUUAUCAUUACAUUGAUGUACCUGCAUCUCAGACGCUCUAAACAUGGACCCAACACUGCUCAAGAGCAGUCAGUCAGUUGCAGAGAGGGCCAGGAACUCGAUCCCUACACGUCCUUAGAUGCAACAAUUAUGAAUCAACCAACCUACGAGGAUAUCAAAGCAACUAGAGACGGAAAUAGAGGCCAUACGAAAGCAAUUGAGGGGGUAGAAUAUGAAAAUCAAACAAUAGUGAAGCAAACAGAUAGAGUGCAGAAAUCAAACUUGGGAGAGGUCGAUGGUAAUACUGAGCAGGUGUACGAGUCGUUUCAUUAAAAAUGAUUCCAUGAUUAAUAUAGUCAAACCUGUCAGUCUACAAAGGUAACCCAACGGAACCCCCACAAAAUAGCCACUAGCUGCAAACAGCUUCUACAACACACUUUUCUUUCUCAAAAGAGAAAAAUGCAUGGCCACUACA